UUUUUUUUUUUUUUUUUUUUUUUUGUUUUUUUUUUAUCCUUUCAAAAGAUUUCCUAAUGGAUUAUGACGAUUUUGCUUUUCCGCCACUGGGUUCUCUCUGGAAUUUCUAGCGUUUUGAAUAGUGAACUUCCUUCUUAGAUCGGUUUAUGUUUUCAGAGUCCACUACUGAAAACGAGAAGUACAAACGUUUUUCGGAUUGUUUAUCGGGAAGAUAACCUUUCUCAAUCGCCGAUUCUUCUAAUCGGAUUCACUAUAAAAUGGUUCGGUUGGAUUUAGAUGAUUUCCGGACCAUAUUGGAUACAGCCGGUGUCGAUGUUUGGACCUUCAUCGAUACAGCUAUGGAGGUUGCUUCAUUGGAUUACGGCAAUCAAUUGAAGAAUCGGAGAGACGGAAUCGUUGAGAGGCUCUAUGCGUUGACUUCGCCUCCUACUCGAUGUCGGAAUUGCGAUACGGAUCGCUAUAACGACGGCCGUUCUAAUGGCUGUGAAAUCAAACAGAGCCCCGUUGAGGCCAAGGAAGCUUCCCCUUCGACGCCGCAGUUCGUUGUAGUCGAAGGAGACGACGAGGGAGUAGACCCGUAUGGAGGUUUGUUUGAUGAUGAACAGAAGAAGGUUUUAGAAAUAAAGGAGCAGCUUGAAAUUCCUCACCAGCCUGAAGAUGCCUUGGUUGAACUGCUUCAAAACUUGGCAGACAUGGAUAUAACAUUCCAAGCUCUUAAGGAAACUGAUAUUGGAAGGCAUGUGAACCGGUUGAGGAAGCAUUCAUCUAAUGAUGUUCGCAGAUUGGUGAAACAUCUUGUCAGAAAAUGGAAGGAGAUUGUGGAUGAAUGGGUCAGGUUGAAUCAGCCUGGGGAGCAGACAGCUACACUCAUAGCUGAUAGUGACUCACCCCAGCAAAAGGUGCCUCAAAAUGGUUAUCACCAGGUUCCUGAUUUUGCAUACUCUCCGAAUCCACACAAUGGAGGUUCUGGGUCAGAUAGAAAUAACGUAGAACCCGAACCGAAGGGAAAGUCCGUUCCAAGAAGAGAUGCCCCACCAAAACCAGCACAACCGGCUCCAAUGUCGUCAUAUACUCCUCAAAAUAGACAGAAAGAACAACAGAAGGAAGCAAAUUUUGAUUCCCAAAAGCUUGCAUCAGCUAGAAAAAGGCUUCAAGAAAAUUACAAAGAAGCUGAAAAUGCUAAAAAGCAAAGAACAAUCCAAGUAAUGGACAUUCAUGAGAUCCCAAAGCCAAAAAAUACCUUCUUCUCAAAGAACAAAGGCACCGGCGGUGGCUCUCAAGGCAGACAUUGGUGAUAUUUGGCAAUGCAGCAAAGCAACAUCUUCAAAAUUAGGUCUCGGUAUCGUCGAAACUGGAAUCGGUUUAUCAUCCUUUCUAUUUGUUACCUUUUUGAUCAUUAAAAUUUAAACUCCUCUAUCAAGCUUAAAGAGAAUCAAAAACUACUUUUCGCGUAAAUUUUCUCCUAAUAAGCAAUGCUAAUGCUCUGAUAUAUUGUUUAUUUAGAAUCCCCAAGUCUUAAAAUCUCAUUGGUGUAAUUGGAUCAACUUCAAAUAUAAAACUCAAAUAGGAGGAAGGCCUUGUUCUUA